AAAGUAUUUAAAUUUCCCUUUGCAUGUUUUUGUUGAUCAUAAGUAAUGUUCAUUCUAGCGUGAAAAUUAAAUCACCUCAACGGAUUGAUUUUAAUAAAUACAUGUAAAACAAUGUAACAGAUGUUAAUAUAGAAUUCUAAUGGAUUACGUAUACAAAAAAAGGUUGACGAGGAUGGAAAAGGAGGAAGAAAACACCCAGUUGCUAUCCACAAAAAGCAAUUGUCUAAAAUGGAUGUCUUUACUAGCGGGAGGACUCGCUCACGCCAUGUUAGCCUCUAAUCUAAUAUUUUAUGUUUAUAUCAAUGACAUUAAAGCACGAUUUCGUUAUGACCAAAAAGAAGUGGAGGCGUUUGCUUCAAUGUUAAAUGCUGGAAUUGGACUUGGCUUUGUACCAAAUCUUAUUGGACAAAAGUUGAAAUCAGCAUGGGUACUAGCCUUUGGAAUGGUUUUGAGUACCAUUGGUAUACUAAUGUUAUGGAGUUCUACAAAAAUGGUAUCGUUCUAUGAAGAUAAAAGCUGGUUAAUGGCCCUGUAUUUUCUUAUCAGUGGUCUAGGUGGCUCUGUUGGAUAUAUAAUGGCAUUAAGAUUCAAUGCAGACCAUUUUGCAGAUGAUAAGAGAGGCCGAGUCAUAGCCGUUAUGUUUGUUUUCAUAGAUUCAGGAAUGAUCAGUUUUACACUCAUCUACUAUCACGCGUUCCCACCAGAAACUCGAUUUGAAAGGUUGUUGAUAAUACUUGUCUCGUUUAACGCUGUUGUAUAUAUUUUCUGUAUGAUAUUUUUAAGGCCUCCUUCAUCUAACAUACCGUCUGUUGAUGAAUCUGAACUUCAAACUUCAGGGUUUAAGUACGAAACAUUACAAGAAGAACGUCAAAUCUUAAAAGAAACGUCUUUCAGGGAUCUUCUUGUAAAUGCAGACUAUCAUUUACUGGCUUGGAUGUGCUCUUUGACGUUCGCUGUGUCCUUGUUGCUUAGUAACAACAUGACAGUGUUGACAAAAGAGGAGGAAUUAAGUUCGUUUGAUAAUGUGACGACCUUGUUAUAUCCUCCUAUUGUUAUUGUUUCAGCAUUAUCUUUCAGUGCAGUAUCGGAUAAAAUCAAAAAUGUCGUGUCACGAAUUACAUUCUUAAUAAUCGGUGGAUUAUUUCUUGCAUUAAGUUCUUUGCUGAAUGCAUUUUUGUCUUCACACAAAGCUGUAAUAGCAACAGCCUUAGUACUGGCAGCUAUUGGAACUGGAAUGGUAUAUACAAUAGGACCAACAACUAUGAGUGAACAAUUCCAUAUCGACAACUUCAUGCGAAAUUGGGGAAUCGUGAUGUUUAUGCGGGCGAUAUUGAUAAUAAUUCUACAUGUGAUAUUUGGUGCUUUUUAUGACAUAGAAAUUAAGGAUACAGAUGGGCUGUUUUGUAAAGGGCUACACUGCACACGUAACGGAUAUAUACUAACAUGUGUUGUAUCCUUUAUUGCUAUUGGACUAGGCGUUUGCUUAAACAUACGUGUAAACAAACGAAGGAGUCCAACAUAGGAACAUUCUUGAAUGAAUAUAUCAAAUGAAUAAUAAAUGAUGUUGAUG